CAAGAAUUUUCCUGCGAAAUGAAAGAACGAAGUCAAAAGCACACAGUCCCGCACUUUCUAUAUAAAGACUUGCGCUCAUCUUCCUAGGAUAGAGAGAAAAUUUGUGCUACGAGCUGCCAUUCUCUCCCCUGAGAAGUUCCUCUCUCUUUCCCUCGCCAUUCUUUUCUCCCGUGAACAUGAUCGCCGCGAGACUCGAGCGACCCCCCCACUGCCAACACGUGGUCGUCAUGCGCCAUGGUGACCGCCUCGACAGCAUCGAUCGGUCAUGGCCGUCCACGGCCCCUAGGCCUUGGGACCCUCCAUUGGCCGAGGUCGGGUUUGCCAGGGUGCUUGAGACGGCCAGGCAACUCCCCGCCCAGCUCGGCUUCCCAAUCCACCGGAUCAUCGUGUCUCCCUUCCGGAGGUGCGUCGACACCGCUCUCGGGCUGAUCGCCGGUCGCCCGGCCCCGGGCGAGGGCCCCGACAUAGGGAGAGGCGACGGCGGCAUCGACCCGUCAAGAGUCAAGGUAUCUAUAGAGUAUGGAAUGGGGGAGCUGUUCAACAUCAUAGCAUUCAGACAUCCUCCUCCUAGUCCUGAAAAUCAUGGGGAUUGGGGAUUCAACAUUCCUGAGAUUGAAGCCUUGAUUCCACCAGCCACUUUGGAUCAUACAGUGAAGCCAGUGUUCAAUGAGCUGCCACAAUGGGGAGAGACUGAACCAAAGGCAAGGGAUAGAUAUCUCCACACUAUUCAUUCUCUUGCCGAUAGCUACCCUUCAGAAAAUUUGCUGCUUAUCACUCAUGCGGAAGCAGUGAAGGUCGCGGUCUCGACACAUCUGGAGGAUGCUGCGAGGUUCGAGAUCAAGACGGGUUACUGCGGGUACGUACAACUUAGAAGACAGGUCGAUAAGAGCAGCGACGCGUUCGAGGCCGGCGAGUUCCAGCUUCUCGCCAUCCAUGGCCAAACUGGCGUCAACUGCUUCCCGAGGACGGAGAUGUGAUCGGUACCCUCAUGUUUGCAUGGCUUGUCGUAGCACAUAUGAUCCAAAAGAGCUUGGUCUAAUGAGUUUUGUUUCUUCGUCAAAGUUUCCUUCUGUUGGGGGGAUUGCUUGUAAGGACGGACUGUUAUUGAAUGUGAUUAUGUUCUUUUCUCUAAUUUUCUUUUUCGCUAUGUUAGUCUAAUGCUCUCAUUAAGUCAAACUAAAAGAUUGUUCUAAUAUUUAAAAGGGCAUGUAUUCUGUGUUUAGGAAUUUGU